CCGCGCUGUCACCGGGCGGCGGGCGGCUGCCAAGGCGGGGCCGCCGAUCGCGCUGCGGGCCCGCCCGGGAAGGACGAGCCCCCGGGAAAUCAAGGAUUGGCAUGGCAUUGCUGUGACAAGCUCUACCUGGGGAUCUCACUGAAGAAUAAGCUAGCUCAGAGGAACACUGAUCUCCCCUUACCUCUGUUCGCCAGCAAAUAUUUUCAGUGACCAGGAAAACAACCAUCACUCUUGGCCUGAUCUAAACAGCUGAGUGAAGGUUCCUUCCAGGCGUUUCCUUCCAGGCAGUUCCAUAGCUCUCUGGUGGAAGCACCCAUUUUUGUUGGGUGAAAGUUCAUGAAGCCCUUUUCUGGAUCAGCUUAGGUGGCUUCUUCCUCUUGGAACCUGCGACAUGGAAGCUCUGGAAGUCGAUGAUAUCAGCCCAGCCUUGGAGGUUACUGAGGAUUUUUUUAGUACUUUCGAUAGUAAGCUAGAAAAGGCUGUGCAGCAGGCAGAGAUCUGUGGAAUUCAGGAAGUCCCUGAACUGGUGGGACAUGAGGUAUUCAAUAACCUAACAGAUAAUGGUGCUGUGAGAAAUGUUGCCUCCCUGGGCAAGGGAAGCAUGAUUUGGGACCACUGCAAAAGCAGGCUCUUAGAAACCAAAGCGCAGAAUGUCUUCCCUGCCAAAGAACAGUUUAUGGUCCAGAGAGGAACAGCCCCAGAUAAUCUUUCCUGGAUGGAACAAAAAGAAGCAUCAACUUUUAAUUUUUUCAAUAUCUGUCAGCGCCGGAGGGACAGACCUCGUUCUGUGAAUGACUUAUUGGAUGAGACCUCAACUUUCAAGCCAGGACAUGCUAGAUCCAGGUCAGAUGUUACCCAUGUGGACUGGCGCCUUGUCCUCAGCUCCAUGCCUCUGCAGCAGCAGCAGCAGCAGCAGCACUCAUCUCUUCAGGGCUCUCAUUUCACCAGGCCAUCUUUUCUGUUGCCCUCCCCAAGUAAGGUAGAAGAUGCUCAAGGAAAUACAGAACGUAAGCAGACAUUCCCAAACAUUUUGAAGAAGGGUUAUCUGGAGAUUAGAAAGGACCAUGACAGUUACUGGCAAAGCUGUUACGCAGAACUCUCACCAUACAACUUACACUUUUACAACCUCGACAGCAGCGGGAAUCAGAACCUGUAUGCCACAUUCCAGCUUUCACACUUCCAGAACAUAUCUCUGUUGGGAAAUCUUGAGGCCACAGUGGUGGAUACUGUUCUGUAUGACAACACACAGCUACAGAUAAAGGCAGCAUCGCCGUGGGAGGCUUUAGACUGGGGGCAGAAGCUUUGGGAAGUUGUACAUGCCAUUGUGCCUGGUUAUAUGGGACGACAGGAUGAGCUGGCAAAUUCACCAGCAGUUGGUCAUGUUGAUUGUACACAGAACCAUUGUUUACAGAAGAAAUCCAGUGGGUUGCUGCCCUCCUCCCCUGUCUUGGAUAGCCCCAAACAGUACCAAAAUAUCCUCAAAUCAGGGACACUCUAUAGACUAACUGUCCAGAACAACUGGAAGGCAUUUACAUUUGUACUGAGCAAGGCCUAUCUCAUGGCUUUUCAUCCUGGCAAGUUAGAUGAAGACCCACUGCUAAGCUACAAUGUGGAUGUGUGCCUGGCUGUCCAGAUAGACAAUCUGGAUGGCUGUGACUCUUGCUUUCAAGUCAUUUUCCCCCAAGAUGUCCUCCGCCUUCGAGCUGAGACCCGACAGAGGGCUCAGGAAUGGAUGGAGGCUCUGAAGACAGCCGCCAAUGCAGCCAGGAAUUCAGAGCAAAAUCUGCAAGUCACACUGAGGAACAAACCCAAGGAUACGACGGGUGGACAUGAGCUCAGGAAGAACAAACGUCAGUCUGUGACCACCAGCUUCCUAAGCAUCCUGACGACUUUGUCUUUGGAACGAGGACUCACUGCUCAGAGUUUCAAAUGUGCAGGAUGCCAGCGGUCCAUCGGCCUUUCCAAUGGGAAAGCCAAGGUGUGCAAUUACAGUGGGUGGUACUACUGCAGCAGCUGCCAUGUGGAUGACAGCUUUCUCAUCCCAGCACGCAUAGUCCACAACUGGGAUACUUCAAAAUAUAAGGUGUCCAAGCAGGCCAAAGAGUUUCUGGAGUACGUGUAUGAAGAGCCACUAAUCGACAUCCAACAAGAGAACCCCAUGCUGUACCUCCAUGCCGAGCCUUUGGCUGCAGUGGUGCGGCUCCGGCAGCGGCUGAAAUCACUCCGAGCCUAUUUGUUCAGCUGCCGGGCAGCAGUGGCAGAGGAUCUGCGCCGCAGAAUUUUCCCCAGAGAAUACCUCCUUCAGCAGAUCCACCUGUACUCCCUGGCUGACUUGCAGCAGGUGAUAGAGGGAAAGCUGGCUCCAUUCUUGGGCAAGGUCAUUAAAUUCGCCACGGCACACGUGUACAGCUGCAGUCUUUGUAGCCAGAAGGGAUUCAUCUGCGAAAUCUGUAACAAUGGAGAGAUCCUUUACCCUUUUGAGGACAUAUCAACAAGCAGGUGUGAAAGCUGUGGGGCCGUCUUCCAUUCUGAGUGCAAAGAAAAGUCUGUGCCCUGCCCACGGUGCGUGCGCAGGGAGCUGCAGAAGAAGCAGAAGUCCUUCUGGCGGCGGCUCAACGUGGAUGAGAGCCUGGAGGAGGCAUGCACCAUGUUUGAGCUGUCCUACCAAAACACCUGACUGUGGCCGCUCACCCUCGCAGCCUCCUGCAAUGACCAGCCAAGGGGCUUCUCAGUGGCCGCUUGCACCCUGUUAAAAGGGGUGUCUCCUCUCCAGCUAGACGUAGAUAGAUACGUUUAUUUAUUUAUAUCUAUUCAUAUCUCUACAUCCUAUAUGUGUGUUCCAUAUGAAUAGCUGUCUAACAGGUCCAUAGAACUUCGGUGGCCAAGAGCCUGCCCAUAAAUGAAUUACAUUUGGCCAUGAAUUUCAGCUGCCUGAUCCCAGCAAAAUGUGGUUUACACACAUGGCUUUCCAGUUUGGGACACCUCUCUUCCCUCCCUCCCUCUUUCUCUCUCUCUCACUUGGUCUCUUUUUCUCUCAGGACCAUUUUAUUACACAAGAUACUGGAGGAAGCAUUUGCACCAUGCAACAGAGAGCUGCAGGCUAUUUCUGUGUUAUUUAUUUUUAGCCCUCAUAGAGGGCUGAGGGAACUAAAGCAAGCAUCAUUUUAGGAAAUCUGUGGAACACAGGAAUGCUCCCAGAUCCUUCCAGGACCCCCUGUCCCUGGCAGAGUUGGGGAUCGCUGAAGCCGAGCUGUUUGGCAAGAAGCCAGGAGCACAAGCUCCUGCCGACAGAAAGCAUAUACCCCUAACUUAGGAGGAGAGCUGGUCUGGUUUUCAAGUUAAUCCCAGAAAGUGUUUUCCUGAGAAAAGAAGAGACUUCUGCAACCAAUAACUGCAUGGUGUUGGUGUGCUGGCUUGGGCGAAUGCCCACACCUACCUAAUGAUGUGACUCUACUGUAUUUGCCAGGCAAUGUGGCUCUUUAAGAAUGAUUUUCCCGGGGUGUAAUGGGUGAUAUGUAUGGUGUUUUCAUUUUACUGGCUAGAGGACAUGUCCAAGGAUUGUUUUUCAAGACGUCAGUGUGUAGACUGGUAGAUACUAUAUGUGGUACACGUGUUGGGAGAGACCAUCUUUUGUGUCUUCAUAGGUCUGUAUAGACAAUUCUGACCGACCCAGCCACUUCAAAUGCUUUACUUCUCAUUGUUCUCUACUGUGCUUUCAUUUUUACCUUUAAUUUGCUUUCACUUUUUUGUUGAUUUCAUUUUGUUUUUGAGACAGAGUCUUGCUUUGUAGUCCAGGCUGGCCGCAAACUCGAUCCUCCUGCCUCAGCUUCCCAAAUGUCGGGAUUUUAGGUGCAUACAACACAUGGCUUCUCAUGUUUUUAAUUAUUUAAAAUAUUAAAGUAACAUUUUUAAAUGCCAACUGUAUUUAAAGAAUAUACAAAGUUUAAAAUAUGAGUUAAAUCUAAUAUUGUUGAAAUGAGUAGCUCCACACAUAUACUGCUAAAAUAAGCACUACAAUAGGAAUAAAAAACACAUGAAUUGCUUUGCUAUUUGGCAGUGUCCUGUCCCUCCCUUCUCCUCCCCUCCCCCCCAGCUCUUCCCCUUCAUCCGGUCCCCUAGGAGAGCCGAGGUGUCAGGGAUGGAGACUUUGGAAACCUCAUGGCUCCCAUUCCUUCUAGCUUCGCUCUCCAGCACAGGGAGAUAUGCUUCUGACAAAGCACUUCCCUGCAGACUUUACAAGAAGAUGCACUGGACAGCUGUCAUCCAUGCCCAUGUGCUUUCCCAGUUCCAUAGCUGUUGGCAUCUGGGGAAUUACCAUGUUACACCCAGGCCCACAUUUUGCCCCUUCCGAAGGCCACCUCAUGAUACUUCUGCCCAUUUAGUGACAUUUCAAUUCGAGUUUAGUAUGGUUAGAUGUAAGCAUUUCAUCUCUCGACUCACACCAUUUCCUUUGGCCCCAAACUACACAUUUCAGCUUAAUAGUUCAGCAUCACAUAUGCAUUUGUUUCCUCUUUCUAGUAGCUGUAACCAAGGUAUGAAACAUGUUAGAAGGCCAGGAACUAUUCAUGAAAUGCUUUAUGGGGCCUUUUACUCAUAAAAAAGCAGGUUGACAUCUCCCUCCAUCUUACACACAUACACACACACACACACAAAAUGCUUUAUGGGACCUUGUACUCAGAAAAGCAGGUUGACAUCUCUCUCCAUCUUACACACACACGUGCGCACACACACACACACAGAGGCAAAAGCAUGGAAAGUCUCACACACUUCGUAAAUGGGCAAAUGAAUUUUGAUUGUCUCCUUUUUCCUCCCCUUCAUGAGAUACAGUAUUUGUAGUUGCCAGCUUCAGAGUAGACAGUUGAACAUGAUCUCUCACAAGAGGAUUUUAGACCUGCUUAUUAUAAAACAGAUGUGCUCCCAUGGCAAAGUGCCUUCUCCCUCCACCCCCAGCUCCCUGUCACUAUAGCUUACUUUUGCCUUCGCUAUAAUUAAUGUAUCUGUGAUUCCAACUGUCAGCAGGUCAUUCUUAGCACACUGAUUUGGAGACCUGAGUGCAGAACUGUCUCCCCUCUGCUAGUAUGUUUGCUCCACCCAUACUAUUGCCUGUCCCAACUCAGGGACAUCCACAGCUAGACAUACAGAGAGUCGAGGUAAAAUUUUAGGGCCCUAAUGUACGAAAACCUUUCUUUUCCCCACUGCCUAUUUAGAGGACCCUGUUAACUAUUAGUAGUUGCUGGGAGCUCCUGAGAACUUUCCAUCCACAUUGCUUUCUGCUUAUUUUCAAAAGGGAAAAAAAAUAAAUGUGCUGUCACCAUCAUUACCAGG